AUUAUAAAAAAUAAAUAAAUAAAAAUAAAGGGACCCACAAAAAUAGGGCCCAAACACACAGUUCAUUUUCAUCUCUUCCUUUAGGUUUGCAGUUAAAUACGGCACCUCUGUUCUCUUCUCUUCCUCACUCUUUCCUUCUUCUUUCUCUCUCCUACAUUCUCCUCAAUUUCAUAAAAUUAGAAAAAAAAAAGGGGGAAUUUCUUAUUUCUUUUUUAGAAAUAUUAUUUGCUGAAUUUCUCUAGUAGUGGAGGUUUAACAAGUAUCGGGUUGUAACGAUUGUCUAAAGGUUAAAAAAAAUGGCACAAGAUCAGCUAAAAGUGCUGAAUGCACUAGAUGUUGCAAAGACACAAUGGUAUCACUUCACUGCAAUUGUGAUUGCUGGAAUGGGUUUUUUCACUGAUGCAUAUGAUCUCUUUAGCAUUUCAUUAGUCACAAAACUUCUCGGUCGUAUAUACUACACCGAGCCUGGUGCAACUAAGCCAGGCUCUUUGCCUCCCAAUGUCUCGGCUGCUGUCAAUGGUGUUGCCUUCUGUGGUACACUCUCAGGACAGCUUUUCUUCGGGUGGCUCGGAGACAAAAUGGGAAGGAAAAAGGUCUAUGGUAUGACACUUAUGAUGAUGGUUUUAUGUUCAUUAGCUUCAGGACUUUCCUUUGGAAGUGAGCCUAAGGGAGUCAUGGCAACCCUUUGCUUCUUUCGGUUUUGGCUCGGGUUUGGGAUUGGAGGGGACUACCCUCUUUCAGCCACUAUCAUGUCCGAGUACUCGAAUAAGAAGACUCGUGGAGCUUUUAUUGCUGCUGUUUUUGCUAUGCAAGGGUUUGGAAACUUGACUGGUGGAAUUUUUGCUCUUAUUGUCUCGGCUGCCUUUAAGGCAGCGUUCCCUGCACCCUCCUACGCGACUGAUCCAACCGCCUCAUUAGUCCCACAAGCUGAUUAUGUGUGGAGGAUCAUCCUCAUGUUCGGUGCUAUUCCUGCUGUUAUGACUUACUACUGGCGUAUGAAGAUGCCUGAAACUGCUCGUUACACCGCUCUUGUUGCCAACAAUGCUAAACAGGCUGCCUCUGACAUGUCUAAGGUGUUACAAGUGGAGAUUCAAGAAGAUCAGGAAAAGGCAGCUGAACUAGUGGAAAAGAAUAAGAGACAAUUUGGUUUAUUCAGCAAGCAAUUCAUGAAACGACACGGUCUUCACUUGCUUGGAACAGCCUCCUGCUGGUUCUUACUAGACAUCGCGUUUUACAGCAACAAUCUCUUCCAAAAGGACAUCUUCACCGCGGUUGGCUGGCUACCAAAGGCGCAAACAAUGAGUGCUCUACAAGAGGUCUACAUGGUGGCUAGAGCCCAAACAUUAGUAUCCUUGUGUGGAACUGUCCCAGGCUACUGGUUCACAGUGGCCUUCAUCGAUAUCCUAGGCCGUUUCUUCAUUCAAUUGAUGGGAUUCCUCUUCAUGACCGGCUUUAUGUUUGGACUAGCCAUCCCUUACGAUCACUGGACUAAACCCGGGAACCACAUUGGGUUUGUGGUCAUGUAUGCCUUCACCUUCUUUUUCGCCAACUUUGGGCCUAAUGCCACCACUUUUGUUGUGCCAGCCGAGAUCUUCCCUGCACGGUUAAGGUCUACAUGCCAUGGGAUUUCGGCUGCAGCAGGGAAAGCCGGGGCCAUCAUAGGAGCAUUCGGGUUCUUAUACUUAGCUCAGUCCCCGGAUAAAACCAAGACUGAUGCAGGGUAUCCACCAGGCAUUGGAGUUAAGAACUCACUGAUGAUAUUGGGUGGAAUUUGUGCACUAGGGUUCUUCUUUACAUUCCUUGUUCCUGAAGCUAAUGGAAAAUCAUUAGAAGAAAUGUCUGGUGAAAAUGAAGAUCAAUCUGAAGAUGAGUAUCAGUCUGCUAGCAUUGAUAACAGAACCGUUCCUGUUUAAGAUUUUUUUUUCCUUUUUUUUUUUAAUAUAAUUUUUUUUUUUUUGGUUUAAAAUACUUGGUAUAAUACAUGUAUUUCUUCCUUUUUGAGGUUCUAAGGCUAGGAAAAUGGCUGCACAGUGCACACUAAGGUGCAUUUGCAUCAAAAAUAAGCACUUUUAUGUGUUGUUGCUGCUGCUGCUAGCAAUUGGCUACCGCGAGUUGCUAAGUUUAAAAAUUUUGUAUUUUGCAAUUAAUUGAAGAGAUUUUAGAUUACUCCUUGAGUAAUUUAAUCAAUGUAAUGCUAAUUCUAUUAUAUUGUGCAGUUCAAUUUUC